AUGCGUACGUACGAUGACAGACGUCCCACGCUUGUCAAGGCCGUUGUAGAUUGGCUGUUGCCAAGGAAUAUAGGGAGGUCCCUGCACCUCCAAGGUCAUUUGACAGUUUCAACGGAGUUGGGGAAUCGUUUCGAAACACCUUCAAAACGCAAGGAACGAGAAACUCUCUAG